UUUUUAAUUUUUUAACUAUUAGAACUAUACAAAUAUAAAGUGCUUAUUUAUUUGCUUGUCUGGUACAGUUUCCCUCUUCAGACAGCAUUAACUGAUUAAUAAACGCAUCAUCAUUCCUCUGGCUGGGUGAGUCAGGAGCGCCGCGGUGCUAAGGACGGAUGAGAAAUCGCAGAAUCAAUUCAAUAGUUUUGCUGAAGGGAGGCAGUACAGUUCUGCAUGUAUAGACCAUGACGUGCGGGCGAGCCGGCGCUGACAGGCGCUGUCCGUGGUGCUGAAGAGCAAGCCUCCUCUUACGGAACCGCAGCCGAACACGCAAGGUGCACAGAGUCCGCCUCGCUACACGGACGACCGUUGUUGUUCGCGCCCCGCCCUUUCUGAAAACGCAGCCGGCGAGCUCAGUCCGAGGAACCUGCGGACGAUUGUGGUUCGAGUUCUUCUCGCCGUCAUGUGCGAGCGGAUGUGCCCGGAUAGCCGAAGGAAGGAGCGGCAUUAUUUUGUGACCGUUACAAGAUUUUCUUCUCGUCGAAGGCUUUAAACUUUUGCAGUUCUACGCCUUUUUAUUUCCCGCUCCCCUCAUUUUGCUGGGACGAUAGAUAGGACACCACUCGGAUCUCCGAGCUAGAUGUCUGCAGUAUUCCCAAGUCUUGAGCCUUUGACUUGAAGAUUGCGGUGAUGGAGUAUUAACCCCGUCUGCUACGGCGUAAGGCAACUUUUUUUUUUCUACUGGAUUGCCAAAGAAGAUUUGUGGAUUUUGCAAAUCAUUUCUGCUAGAAAUCUAAAAUGCAAGCCAAACACGGGUACAGCUUUCGCUUCAGCCAAGAAAAGACGCUGCUGUACGAGGAGCAUCGUUACUGAUCAUCUACUUCAUGAAUUCAUUUGUGUUAAAUAUUUAUUUUUAUAAAUACGUGUGUAUUUUUGCAGGGGUGGCAACGACUUACAAAACCAGGGAUGUGUUCCGUUUUCUCUUAUCUGUCAACAAUGUCGCGUAAAGUUUCCAGUCAUAAAAUGAGUCUGAGCAAUACGGGAGUGCCAAAACUGGACUAAUUCCUAAUUAAUACUUUUUUUUGUUAGCUGAUGUUGUUUUUUGCCCCCCGUGGAAGUCUGCGUGGAAGGAUGGCUCUUCUUGUUCAAGUAGCUUCUGUCCUCCUUUUAGCGCUCCCUGCAAUGGUCACUUCAGCAGCCAUCAAUCACGAAGACUACCCGGCUGACGAGGGCGACCAGACCGCCAAUAACGACAACCUCAUCUUUGAUGACUAUCGAGGCAAAGGCUGUGUGGAUGACAGUGGCUUCGUCUACAAACUCGGGGAGCGGUUCUUUCCUGGCCACUCCAACUGCCCCUGUGUCUGCACCGAGGACGGGCCUGUCUGCGACCAACCGGAGUGCCCCAGAAUCCACCCCAAGUGUACCAAAGUGGAGCACAACGGCUGCUGCCCCGAAUGCAAGGAAGUUAAAAACUUCUGUGAAUACCGCGGGAAAACCUAUAAGAUACUCGAGGAAUUCAAGGUGUUUCACCUCCAGGGAUCUCCGCUGCCAGAGGAUGGAACUGAAUUCCCCGCGACCUCGCCACAGCUGCAAUCAAGAACUGGAAAUCUUAGGCCCUCUCCGUGCGAGUGGUGUCGCUGUGAACCGAACAACGAAGUCCACUGUGUGGUCGCUGACUGUGCCGUGCCGGAGUGCGUCAACCCCGUCUAUGAGCCUGAGCAGUGCUGUCCUGUCUGCAAGAACGGUCCAAAUUGCUUUGCAGGAACAACUAUAAUCCCAGCUGGCAUUGAAGUCAAGGUGGACGAGUGUAACAUCUGUCACUGUCACAAUGGCGACUGGUGGAGGCCGGCGCAGUGCUCGAAGCGCGAGUGCCAAAUCAAACAGACUUCAUAGACGCACAAAGGGACACAGAAGACGGACACGGCGGUGUAAUCUGCAGGAGACCGAUGGCGAGGAACACCUACCUACCUGACUGACGCGGCAGAGCAAAACCUCCUCGUCAAGCGGAUUGAUGAACGCGCUCAAGGGAAACAACCGUUCACGUUUUUUGUUAAGAAACAAAAAGAAAAUAACGUUAGACCUUUUGGAUCACUGCAGCUGCUUACGAGUACACAGGUAGCAUUCCUAAUUUUAAAUGUUUAUAUAAAGCAGCUUGUUCCGGUCUUUUCCUUUUUGCCCCCCACUCCCCACUUUUGAAACUGCUUUUCCAGAAGAGUGACAAAAGGGUCGUAACGCUGUACCUGGAGAUCGAAUGACGAGUUAGAAAAUGUGGGCUUCCGGGUUACACGACUUGCAGACGCACCUGCUGGAACAUUGAGCACGGACUUUCAUGCGUAAACGACGCUAGGCAGAAGCCGACGGAGCAACUGCGAGGGAACCCGGAGCAGCACGAGGUUGGACGGUCAGGUGGGUUUGGGGGUCCCAAAUUUGAAGUAAGAGGGGCUGCCGUCCCCAAAACAUCCCAGCGUUCCGACUCCGCCGCUUGGCACCCCUAAAAAGCACAUCCAACACCUGGCAGGACUUCGUCAUGGGACUCUCAUGGGUUAUCAUGGCCCGAGUCAAUCCUAAAUAUCUGGUGAUGUUUGUAUAAUGUUGAAUAUGUGGGGGAAUAUUUGCACCUUGCAAAUUAUAAAUAUAUAUAUAUAUUUUUUUAAACCGUGUCGGUAAGAUGAAAAUCCCAUUUAGUUGAUUUAAUUAAUUAAAAGCUCCAGCAUUAAAUAA